AUGGCUGCCUUUCUUUCGACAACGUUGGAAAACCCUCGUUUUCAGCUCUUUGUGACAGCUGUGCUGUCGGGCGCCACUGUCGCAUCCCUCCUGUUGGGAUACCAAGCCCUCGAAAGAGAAGAGAGACUGGAGCAGCUCAAAAGCUCCAUUCCGUCAUUACUGGAUGGCAAUCAUCAAACUAGAAAGCUCAACGACUUUGGCGGUUCUCCAAGCUCGGCAGCCGACAAGGAAGACGCGAGAAACCAAGCCUUGGCGAAGCGCGCCCAAGCCGGCGACUUUGACGAGGAAUUGGUCCUGGAGCAGUUGGCCCGCAACAGAGUGUUUUUAUCUCCCGAGGGACUCGCAAAGCUACGAGACUCCUUCGUCGUCGUGGUAGGAUGCGGCGGCGUGGGCUCGCACUGUACCGCGGCACUCGCCAGGUCCGGCGUCUCCAAGCUGCGCCUCGUUGAUUUCGACCAGGUCACUCUCAGCUCGCUCAACAGACACGCUGUCGCCACGCUGGCAGACGUUGGCACCCCCAAGGUUCAGUGCUUGCAGCGACGCUUGGUCGCCAUCGCGCCCUGGGUGGAAUACGACCUCUGGCAGGAAAAGUUUGAUGAGACAGCGGCAGAGCGGAUGCUGGGACCGUGGGUCGAGGGCGGUCGAGAACCGGACUUUGUCGUCGACGCAAUCGACAACAUCGAGACCAAGGUCGCACUGCUCAAACAUUGCUACGAUGAGAAGCUGCCCGUCAUUAGCGCCAUGGGCGCGGGUUGCAAGAGCGAUCCAACUAGAAUCGUCGUAGGCGACAUUGGCGCGAGCCGAGACGAUGGCUUAUCGAGAGCAACGCGGCGGCGUCUGAAGCUGCUCGGCAUCACCAGCGGCAUCCCUGCCGUCUACUCCACCGAACAGUCUGGGCAAGGCAAAGCCGAGCUACUCCCCUUGCCCGAUGAAGAGUUCGAGAAGGGAUCCGUCGGAGACCUCGGAGUCAUGCCGAAUUUCCGGGUCAGGAUACUACCCGUGCUGGGGACGAUGCCGGCGAUUUUCGGUCUGACGGCUGCCAACCACGUCAUAUUGAGCAUCACCGGCUACCCUGUGGAUUAUGUCCCCGCCAAGGGAAGAGAGAAAAUGUACGAAGGCAUCCUGAGCUACGUGCAAGGCUCCGAAGAGCGACUUGGCCGGAUCCUGGGCCUGGACACGGUUGGGCUCAAGACUCCUCUGACCAUGGGUGACGUGGCGUUCCUGUCCGAGGAGCUUUACCACGGCCGCAGCAUCAUCAGCGGCAUCCCCACGAAGCUCGUCCUGAUUCGAUGGCGCAAGCCAGACGACGGGUCCAACAUGAGCGUCGUGGGUCAGGGGAAGGACACUCAAAAGUGCUCUACCGUCCGACUGCGCCAUCUCGUCUGCAUGACAAAGGAAGAGGCAGCCAGGCAUGAGAAGGAGGUAUUCAAGGCCGGCAAGCCCCUGGACGAGGUGUAUGACGCGCAAACUAGGGAGCGGGUGGAAGCGAGGCUGGCAGCGGCUGCUACACACGAGCCAUACAGAUGA